AAACCAGAAGAGACUUUUGAUGAAGCAGCAAGGUUUUUAGGAUGCGUCAAUGGUACCAAAUUUGAAAUAACUGACUGUGUGAAACAGUCCACUGUUAAAGACAUUCAACGACUAGUUAUAGAUAAAGCUGGCUUUUCAAAGUAUAACUGGGUGACAGUUGAUGGAGAAUUCUUUCCUAAACAUCCUAAGUAUCUCUACGAGGAGGCAGAUUUUAGUGAUACUGUUAUAAUGGUGGGAACUACAGAACAUGAAAUGUACAUGUACCUCACAUUUUGGUCUCAUGAUGGAAACUACAAUUAUGACACAUUUCUUGAAGAAAUAAAAUAUCCAACUGAAUUAUUUUGUCAAAAAGAUACAGUGACUGUUGAAAAUCUAAAUAAA